GAGCGGACGGACUCGGACGGCCAGCGCGCCCUGGAGUGAGUGGAUCUGGAUCGCUGGAGUGGCCGAGUCCUGCAGAGUCGCGGUCAGGGACAGGACGCGUCGCGGACGGCCAGGGAAUUCCGUCUCCGCGCCGCUGCGGGACUCUACAAGUGUGGGCGCGGCAGCUACCCGGCACCACGGAGGGGUCCACGGCGUGCGCGACGGAGUCUCGUCCUCGUCACGGCCGGGCCGGGCUGCAGCAGCCAGCAGCCCCAGGACGCCGUCGGGGGUGAGGGAGUCCUCGCCGGCUUGCACCAAGGAACGGGCCUCAGUGGCGGUGCGGCAAGGACAGUUUGCGAGGGCGGCAGUGGUCCCGGCAUGCGGCGAGUAAGCUUCGCCUGAGACUCACCCGCCGACAGGGCUGGAGGGCGGCCGGCUGGCCUAGAGGCGCCUAGAGGCUUGCCCAGCGAGAUGAAGCAGAACAGGGCCUUCUGGUUGCUGGGGACGGGCAUCGUCCUGGGCGUCGCCGCGCUGGUCGGGGCCUUCUACGCCGGCCCGGCGCUGCUCGCCAAGAUGGUCAUCGAGAACGUGGUGCUGAGCGAUGGCUCGGAGGCGCUGCAGCGCUGGACCGUGGUGCCGCAGCCGCUCAACUACUACGUGUACAUCUUCCACGUGGAGAACCCCGAGGAGGUGUCCAAGGGGGCGCGGCCCGUCGUCCGGGAGCGGGGCCCCUACGUCUACGAUCUGUUCAAGGAGCGCGUCGACGUGCAGUUCCACCCGGAGGACGACACCGUCUCGUACUUCGACAAGACGCACUACCGCUUCAACCAGAACAAGUCCGGCUGCCACUCGGACGAGGACGUGGUCACCAUCCUCAACGCCCCGGUGCUGGGCACGGGGCUCAUGCUGAAGAAGAUCAUGGAGGUGGUGAUGCCCAUCUUCAACGAGGCCAUCCCCCACAUCUUCCCCAGCGCCCCGACGGCCUUCAUCACGGCGCGCGUGCGCGAGGUGCUCUUCGACGGCGUCCUGGUCAACUGCUCGCACCCCUUCACGUUCUACCCGGCGGGCCCCGUCUGCCAGGGCAUGCGCACCCGCGCGCCCGUCACCUUCCGCCGCGAGGGCCAGAACUACUACUUCUCCUUGUUCAACCACCUCAACGGGACGGACCGGAAGAACCGCGUGCGCGUGAGCCGCGGCCUGCGCGACCCCAUGUCGCUGGGCAACAUCAGGCGCUUCGGCAACAGCUCACUGCACUCGGCGUGGCGGCCCGGCACGCACUGCAACAUGAUCAACGGCACGGACACCACCAUCUUCCACCCGUUCAUCAAGCCGCCCGGGAAGAUGCCCGUGUUCGUGUCCGGCUCCUGCAGGUCGAUGUACGUCACGUUCGAGAAGGCCGUGCAGUACCGCGGCGUGCGCGGCCUGCACUACGUCGCGGACCCCAAGAUGCUGGCCAGCGGCCGCACCUACCGGCCCAACCGCUGCUUCUGCCCGCCAGCGCCGCCCGCGCCGCCGGGCGAGGACAACGCGGUGGCGGCCGUCACCAGCCCCAGCGCGGCCCCCGCGGCGGAAGAGGAGGCGUCGACGGCGCAGGACGCGGCCAGGCGGCGGCGCGACGUCACGGAGGACCUCCGCGAGCAGAGGGAUGCGUCGACGUGCCUCCCCGACGGCUCCCUCGACAUGACCACGUGUUUCGGCUCUCCGGUGAUCCUGACGCUGCCCCACUUCUACCUGGGCGCCAGCGAGUUCUCGCAGUACGCCAUCGGCCUCAAGGCCGACAAGGCCAAGCACGAGACCUUCGUGGACAUCGAGCCGAUGACCGGCGUCCCGCUCCGCGGCGGCAAGCGGGUGCAGCUCAACAUGUUCCUCAAGAAGAUGGAGCCCAUCGACGCCCUGAGGGACGUCAGCGAGGGCCUGUUCCCCAUCGUGUGGGUGGACGAGGGCAUCGAGCUGGAGGGCGUGAGCCUGGACCAGAUCGCGUCGGCCACGCGUCGCAUCACCUUCCUGCGCGUGCUGCCGUGGGUGCUGCUGGGCGGCGCCGUGGUGCUGGCCGUGGCGGGCUGCCUGCUGCACGUGCACUCGCUGGGCAUGCUGCAGCGCGCGCGCAACCCGCCGCAAGGCCAUGAAGGGCCUCCGCUUGGACCGCCGCCGGGCAACUACGGAAUCGCACUGGGCUUUGCGCGGAGGGGCGUGCUGCUUGGUGGUGGUGGUGACCAAGGUGGUGGCGGUGGCGGUGUGGCACCCAUCCUCAAGGCCCCGCUGCAAACCCUGCACAGCCUCAAGGGCCUCCAGGUCUCGGACACCAAGGUCGGCUCCUGGUUCAACAAGCAGGCCAAGGAGGGCGUCCGCACCUUCUGCAACAACGUGCACCCCUCCAAGAAAGCCUGAACCGGAACCGGAAGCUUGAUUCCGGUUUCGCCGAGGCCACAACGAAACCUUGCCAUUCGUGUGACUGUCGCGAGAGAGAUAGAGACAGUGUGCCAGUCACAGUGUACCUGAGCCGAACUAAACGCCUCGUUUUCAUUCGACAGCUUGAAGGAAGAGACGGGCACCGCCAUGUGGUCCAUGCCAGCACGCGAUAAGACUAACGGGAAGUAGCCCCGGGAUUUCGAAGCGAGAAGCGAGCCAUUGCCUGCCAAUUUUAACUAUUUUAAUUUAUGUCUCAGUCAGGAAUUGUAAAUAAAUUUUAGAUGGGUGGAA